UUUGCUGCGAUAGCUCAGAGAACCAGGUGCUGGCAAGGUGCUCGCAAGGUCCUUCAGUUCGUCACAGGCAUCCACGGUGUAUCGUGAAAAUAGCACACGCUAAAGUAACACGUAAUAAUAGGUCGAGAUGGCUGCUCGUUCGGUUCUUAGGUAUUUACGACCGAAAUCCGUGUUGCUGCAAAACCACCGAUGUGCUUCCCUGUCCGGUUUUGACAUCCAGCACAAAACGCCCACCAUCAAGAAGGUGAUGCCAAUACCGAAGGCUCACUACGGCGGCAGGCACACGGUCACUAUGCUGCCUGGGGCUGGUAUCGGGCCAGAAUUAAUGUCCUAUGUUAAGGAGGUCUUCAAAUACGCCGGCGUGCCGGUGGACUUCGAGGACGUCGAAAUCGACCUGAACGCGGACGACAACCAGGACCUGGACUACGCGAUCACGUCGAUCCGCAGGAACGGGGUGGCGCUUAAGGGCAACAUAGAGACCCGCAGUACCGAGGCCGGCGUGAUCUCCCGUAACGUCGCGCUGCGCAACGAGCUGGACCUCUACGUCAACGUUCUGCACUGCGUGUCCUAUCAGGGCGUGAACUGCCGGCAGAAGAACAUCGACAUCGUGAUAGUGCGGCAGAACACCGAGGGCGAGUACGCGAUGCUGGAGCACGAGAGCGUGAGCGGCGUGAUCGAGAGCAUGAAGGUGAUCACGCGCUCGAAUUCGGAGCGAGUGGCGCGCUUCGCAUUCGAGUACGCGAAGAGGCACGGCCGCAAGAAGGUGACGACGGUGCACAAGGCGAACAUCAUGAAGCUGUCGGACGGCCUGUUCCUCGAAAUCUCGCGGCGCGUCGCCAAGGACUACCCGGAGAUCCAGCACAACGACAUGAUCAUCGACAACACGUGUAUGCAGCUGGUGUCGAAUCCGCAUCAGUUCGACAUAGUGCUGACGACCAACCUGUACGGCGCGAUCGUGUCGAACGUGGUGUGCGGCCUGUUGGGCGGCGCCGGCCUCCUCUCCGGCAAGAACUACGGCGACCACUACACGGUAUUCGAGCCCGGCACCCGCAACACCGGCACGGCGAUCGCCGGCAAGAACAUCGCGAAUCCGAUCGCGAUGCUGAACGCCGCGGUCGACAUGCUGCGCCACCUCGGCAACAAGCACCACGCCGGCAUCAUCCAGAACGCGAUCAACAAGACGAUCAAUCAAGGCGUGCACACGCGCGAUCUCGGCGGCACCGCGACCAGCCGCGAGGUCGUUGACAACAUCUUGAAGCACAUCAAGAUCGCGAGCGUUUAAGCGAAGACUGAUCAUUCAUCUCUCUCUCUCUCUCUCUCUCUCCUAGCCAAAAAGCAGCUUGUAGCAGCCGUUUUCGGCCUGACCCACACACACACACACGCACACACAGUAAUUGAUCGGUGAUCAGCGCGAGCUCUUCUGUCGAGAGAGCCUCGCGCGCUUUUCUUUCUUCCCUUAUUUUUUUUUUUUUUUUUUAGUGAGAUGACACAAAGAUCUAGAUAGGAUUUAAUUACGACGAAACGACGUUUGUGAAUGGACAAGGGAUGGAGGAGACGCGCCGGGGACACCCCCUCCCGCGCUUUCCGUUCUCUCUCUCUGAAACGGCAAACUAUCUUGCAGAAAAUCUUCGCGGAAUCUCGGAGCAGCCCAGGGUAAGGCUCGCGUUCUGUAAUGUGUAACUCUUGUGACUUACACGUAACGCGGGGAUCGGGAUUUUGUAAAAUAUACACUGUACAUUUUAGGUGAUAUACGGUAGUUCCUAUAGGCAAAUUUACCAAAUAUACGCGCGAUCUCCCUAGUCGGUGAGAAGAGGCCAGGUUUGCAAAGGUGCGCGCGCGCGCGCGCGAGGUACUCGUUUAUUGUUGUUGAUAUGUAAUACUCAGUGACACGUGAAUAAGGAAAAUAUGAUUGUAAUUUAUUGAGCUGAUUAAGGGGGAGGACAGUUCGUUCGUGUUUCGUCGCCUUAGUAGAGAAUUCUAUCUGGUUAAAGCCGAUAUUCCGAGAAACACACAGUGUAAAAUUGUCAAUAUUAUAUAAUACAGUGAUCGUUACGUCGUAAAGUGUACAUACUGCGUAAGGUUACGUCGCGUUCUUGAAUAAAGUGUAAAUUUAUUAAAUAAAGUAUAAAUUUACAUUUCUAAAGA